ACAAUUGUGUAUCUAAGGGGAAAUUUCUGCAUAUCUUGCCAUUCCCUGUUCAUGAUCUUGUUUUGCGGGCCAUGGCAGAGGAUCCAGACAGACAUGGGUACUUGAACUUCACCCUCCCUUGGCAGGAAACUUGUUACCAAACUUUAAAAAGAAAGAAGAUAGGAGAAGCCAGAUACAUUCAUUGGCCGACCCUCGAGCAAAUACACAGAGAUGGGGCAGUCCGUGAGCUACUUUCCACAAGGAGGUGGAGUACACUAUUUGCCAUUCAAGAGCCAAUAUAUGCCAACUCAUGAGGUAGUAUAUAUGCACAAUGACCGUCAACGCUGUUGCAGCUGCCAACGAUUGGGAUGCACCAGAUACAAUCACGUUCAGACUCAUGAAUGAGUCCUACUCUCUUAGCUUUACUGAGUUCAGCCUUCGUGGCGGUCUCUACAGUAAUGACUACGUCACCAUGGAGGAGUACAAAACGCUCCCGCUGGAAGAUCCGAAGACAGAUAUUGGUGUUGCCGCCAUUUGGGAGGAGAUCGCGCCUUCUAAUACAGACACUUCUAAUCCGACGAUAAGCAAUGCAAGCGAUAUGGUAUUCCACAUCAGGUACAUCCACCACAUCUUGGCUUAUUCCUUUUGUGACCGAGGAAACGCCCAUGGAGUUGUCACUCUGCGAGAUAUUUUCUACCUCGACUCCAUGCUGCAUCAGAUGGUAUUUGGCUCGAUACCAGUUUCGGGAGAGGUGCAUAGGGCACAUCAGGAGUCGGAGUCCACCCGACCAUUACCGAGCUCUACCAACUGAACCAACAGAUAUUUCAUCAACAACAUGAGAUCUUGAGGCAAAACACCCAGAUACUCCGCCAGGAACAGGAGCAGCAUGACUAGCAUGUUACCCUCUCCGAGGAGGUCACUAGGCUCAGCGACACUACUGAGUGGCUGACCUACAACAUGCGUGACUACUGGUCACAUCACAACUGGGUCCCUCCUGACACACCUGAUGACGGAUAACCAGGACAC